AUGGCAUCGGAAUUUCCAGCUGGUCCUUCGCUCGUCAUCGGGGUAGAUGUUGGAGGAACAAAUACUGACGCCGUCUUAUUAGACACGAAAGAUACCGGAUCGAAGGCAGUAAUUGCAUGGAGCAAAUCCCCCACGGCGGCAAACGUCACCCUGGGCGUCAGGAGGGUGCUAGAGGACCUUCUCCGCAUGGCACCGCACAAUGAGAAGAAUAUUGCCGCAGUGACGAUUGGGACAACGCAUUUCCUCAAUGCAAUUCUUGAACACGAUGCAUCAAGGCUGGAGAAAGUUGCUAUUAUUCGUCUUGCGUCUUACAAUUUCUCCAGCCAGACUCCUUCGUUCAUCGACUGGCCUCCGGCACUAAAACGGAUAAUCAACGGCCAUGCGGCAAUUGUGCCUGGGGGCUGUAACAUUGAUGGGACACGCAUUACUGAUAUUGACACAGCGUCAAUUGCAGAACAGGCUCAGAUUAUUCGCUCUAAGAACCUGAGAAAUGUUGUCGUUGCCGGUAUCGGGUCUCCAAUGGAUACGAAAUAUAGACAAGAAGCGCAAGUUCGGGAAAUCCUCCAAACCAACCUAGGCGAAGAUGUCAAUAUUGUCUGCUCUCAUGAGAUUUCUGGGAGCGGGUUGUUGGCCCGGGAGAAUACGGCGAUUCUUAAUGCAUCUAUUAUUAACUUCGCACGGAGAACGAUCCGCGGGUUUAUGCAAGCUAUGUCGCAACUGGGACUUAGGUGUCCGUUAUACCUUACAGCUAACACCGGUCAUCUACUCUCUUUUACAGAGGCGGUUCAGUUCCCGAUUCGAAUUUUCUCAUCGGGAGCAACAAAUUCUAUCCGUGGUGCUGCGUACUUGGCAGGGCAAUCCUUGAAAGACAGCAGCGGAGCUGUGGUGGUUGAUGUGGGCGGCACAACAACGGAUGUGGGUUUCCUUCUACGGAAUGGUUACCCAAAGCUCGCCAGCUCACACACAGAAGUUGCCGGAAUCAAAGUCAAUCUUGAAGUUCUGCAAGUUGAGAGUAUUGGGCUUGGGGGAGGCUCAUUGGUACGCACCAGCCCGGACGGAGCAAAAGUGUUUGUGGGACCGGGCAGUGUCGGGCAUGAGAUCACUACCAAAGCGCUCUGUUUUGGAGGCACAAUACCAACAGCCACGGACGUUGCUGUUCUGUCUGGUGCAGCUAUUGGCACGACCAAACCUGUUCUCCCAGAAACGACAGUUGACAAGGCGAGAGCCUGUAUAAAGGCAAUGCUAGAAAACCUCAUCGACAGAGUGAAAACCUCAGCAGAUCCAUGCACCGUGAUCCUAGUUGGCGGAGGGGCGGUGUUAUGUCCGCAACGUUUAGCAGGGGUUAGUAAAACAGUCAUCCCUGAGUUCGCAGAGGUGGCGAAUGCAAUUGGUGCUGCUAUCGCUCAGAUAGGCGGCAGAGCUGAAAAGAUGACCGACAGUGCCUCUGUGGAGUUAGUUAAGGCUGAGGUGAAAGCUGCUGCUCUUGCCGACGCUGAAUCGCGGGGUGCUGACAUAUCCGGGGCUGUGGUUACCAAGGACGAGGUCGUGGGUGUCCCCUAUAUGGAAAAUGCAAAGCAGGUUCUGAUCGAGGUCGCCUGCCCAGCAAAUCAUGUACGAUUCUACUCCUCCUAUAAGAAGAGCAUGUCAGAGCUCCCGGCUACCGAAAAUGUGCCUGGAUAUGAGGAAACAAAAGCCAUCGACAACGACAUAGGGUCAGACGGUAUAGCAGAGCCAGCGAUUGACAUUUCCAAAUAUAGACCUACUAUUGACCCUUCUGGAAAAUGGCUCCUGUCUAAAAUUGAUGUUCAAUUCAUAUCCAUCGGAUGCUAUAUUCUCGGUUGCGGUGGCGGCGGCUCCCCAUAUUCGACAUAUCUCGAAGUCGUCAACCUAGUGGAGGAAGGAAGAACAAUAGCUAUAGUCGAAGCUUCAUCGCUUGAUCCGGAUGCGGUUCUCGUCCCCGUUGGUGCAGUUGGAUCCCCAGCUGUUGCGGAUGAGAGACCUGGUGGAGACCUGGUGCUGCAUGCCUUGCAAACAAUGGAAAAGGAGCUGGGGACGAAAUAUGACAGCAUUUUGGCUGUGGAGAUUGGAGGAAGCAAUGGGCUACAGCCGCUUAUAUGGGGCUCGUCGAAGUAUUACAAUCUACCUUGUGUCGAUGGCGAUCUGAUGGGAAGGGCAUACCCUAAUUUCGAGAAGAUGACAAGCUUCAUUGACUCAACGGAUAUAAACAAACUACUCCCCGUGGCGUUGUCCAGUGGCACAGGCAGGAAUGUAAUCAUCCCGCCUACUCAACCAGAUGUUCAGGCAGCAGAUUAUGCAAUACGGUCUACAUGUGUUGAAAUGGGUUCCGCCGCUGGUGCCACUGGAGUCCCCAUAAGCGGUUCAGACAUGCGCCGUUUCGGUAUCCUUAACACCCACUCCCUAGCAUGGCGACUUGGCCGCGCAGUCUCCCUGGCGAAACAGGGAGGCCAUCUGUUCUCGGUGGCAGAUGAGAUAAUCCGCGAGUUUGGCGGCGCGCCGAGUGCCAAGGUGAUAUUCCGCGGCAAGAUCAUCAGCGUUGAGCAUAGCUUGUCUGCCACUGCUCAUACGACUGGGAAAGUGGCUCUGCAGCAAUUGUCUGCUGAUGAGCUGGGGGUGGAUGGGGCGGGGUUGUCCAACGGGCCUGAGAGGGUAGUUGUUGAGUUUGUCAAUGAGAACCUGAGCGCGAGGGGAAUUUAUUACGACGGAUCUGAGGAGUACCUCGCCGUCGUUCCGGAUUUGAUCAUGCUCCUUGACAUGGAUACAGGCGAAGCAGUAGGAACUCCAGAGUAUAGGUAUGGCCUCAAGAUCAUUCUCAUGGUAGCCGCCCCGCACCCGCUCUGGACAACCGAACGAGGACUCGAGAUUGGAGGUCCGCCUGCCUUUGGGCUAAACAUCAAAUACAAACCUGACCUUCAAUACGUAAAGCCCAAAAGUGUAAUUGAAGAGUAUAGGCAUGUUAGAUGUGACGAGUUCAACUUAGCCUACACUACGGGUGCAUGA